ACUCAACGGCGGAUUUAGGGGGGAGAUAUUAUGAGGCUGGUGUCAUUAGGCGAUAGCCAUUGAAUCAUUCAAUCUUUUUUACUUGCCGUAUUUUUUCGGUUUUUCCUUUUUCUCGAUAAUUUUCUUUCUCUCUCAGGUCAUUUCCAUGGUUUUCAGAUCCCCUUUAGAGCUUUAUCCCUCCCAUUUCUUCCUGCCAAACUUCGCUGAUCGCCCUCUGCUCCUGGCGAACAGCGCUCCCACCACCAGGUCUCCAGAAGACUUGUCCAUGUUUCAACUACCGACCCUCAACUUCUCCCCGGAGCAGGUGGCGAGCGUCUGCGAGACGCUGGAGGAGACCGGGGACAUCGAACGGCUGGGCCGCUUCCUCUGGUCCCUGCCCGUGGCUCCGGGAGCAUGCGAGGCGAUCAACAAGCACGAGUCCAUCCUGCGCGCCCGGGCCGUGGUCGCGUUCCACACGGGGAAUUUCAGAGACCUGUACCACAUCCUGGAGAACCACAAGUUCACCAAGGACUCGCACGGCAAACUGCAGGCCAUGUGGCUGGAAGCACACUACCAGGAGGCCGAGAAGCUCCGCGGGCGUCCGCUCGGACCGGUUGAUAAGUACCGGGUACGGAAGAAGUUUCCGCUGCCUCGGACCAUCUGGGACGGCGAGCAGAAGACGCACUGUUUCAAAGAGCGGACACGAAGCCUGCUGAGGGAGUGGUACCUUCAGGACCCGUAUCCAAACCCUAGCAAGAAAAGGGAACUGGCUCAAGCCACUGGACUCACUCCUACACAGGUCGGAAACUGGUUUAAAAACCGGAGGCAACGAGACAGAGCCGCGGCGGCCAAAAACAGGCUCCAGCACCAAGCAAUAGGACCCACCGGUAUGAGGUCCCUCUCAGAGGCCGGCCUCACCCCUCACAGCUCGGCAGAGUCGCCUUCGACCGCGGCCAGUCCCACCACCAGCGUUUCCAGUAUGACAGAGAGAGUUGAUACUGGGACGUCCAUCCUGUCGGUCACAUCCAGUGACUCGGAGUGCGAUGUAUGAUACGGAAAAAAACACAAAAACAAACAAAAAGAGAAAUAUUUACAGGGAAAAUGGACCUGAGAGGAAGAAAAAAAGACUUAUCAAAUAUCGCGGAUGAAAAAAGGACCGAUUGAUAUAAAUAUUAAAAUAAAAAGAGAUAAAAGCACGUCUUUUUUUUUUUUUUUUAUUAAAAGCGCUUUCAACGGACCCACGCCUCCCCCUCCUCUUCAUACCCCCACACCACCACCACCACCACCACCACUACUACUACUACUAGACUACUUGCAUGAUGUUUUUUUUUUGUUUGUUUGUUUUUUCUUUUUUUUUUUUUAAAUUUGUAAUCAGGGAAAAUAACCUGAAUGCAAGAUUUUCCAUCAGGAACAUCGAUCAGAGGGAAUAAAAUCGUCUUGGUGUCUUCGUCGCUUUUUUCCCCAUCUCCGUUUAAAGUCCAACUGAUGAUGAUGAUGAUGAUGAUGAUGAUGACGGUGAAGCAGCCGCCAUGCAGACAAGAUGCAAUCCUGUUUUUACUUUUUGUUCAUCAGACAAUCAUUUUAAGUCGUAAGCACCUUUUUAAUACACUUCUGUCACUGCCUGUGUGGGGUACAUGGUCAAAAAAUGUCGAACGGAAUCGUUUAUGACUGUAUCAGAUUUUUAUUUUUAUUUUCAAAAUUUUAUAUUGAAUUAUGUAUAUCUUAAAUAAUGCGAUCAUUCUCCCGGUCUGUAAUAUACGUGUAGAAAUAUGCUUGUACAUAAUUAUUGCUCUCUCCCGUCUCAUCCUCUUUUCUAUCCCUUCCUCACUUUUCUUGACUUGGUGUUCCUACAUAAAAUAUUUGUCAAAUCUUACAACUGAAGUGCUCUAGGCGUUUUUGUUGCUUUUGGUUUUUUUUUUUUUUUUUUUUUUUGGGGGGGGGGGGGGGGUUACAAUAAUGUUGCAACAUUUAUGUAUACAAAAAAAAAAAAAAAAAAAAGAAAGAAAAAAGGGUUCAGACGUGGAUGAGGUUAUUACAUUCAUCCAGCCUAUAGACGACCCCCUCCCGCCCCAGGGUCGCUCACAGCGCUUAUUUACAUUAUCCUAUUCAGUGUUUCUUUCUUGCGUGAUUAUUAUGUUAAUGUUAUAUAUACAUCUCUAAAUCAAAUACAGUAUUCAGUUUGCUUUA